UGCAUUAUCAAUGCAUUAUAGUAAUACUUCACCAGUAAAUGACGGACCAUCAGUUAGUCUAAUACUUAGUGCUAAUGCUGUCCACCAUACGGACCAUUACUACAAAAUUGGUGAUACAAUUGAUUUGAAAAUGGAGUACGACAUACCUGAGCCAUUUAGCCUGAGCCGUUCAGCCUGGUAUAAGGAUGAUAAAACUGAUGAACAAUUUUUGGAAUAUUCAUCACAAAAAUCAUACAAAGUAACUAACAUACCAGGCAUUAGUGAUAUGAAAUUUGUUUCGAAUGAAAACAAUGUCAUUUACUUUCAAAUACAUAACGCCACCGAACAGACAGCCGGUUCCUAUCAGGUUUGGGUGUUUUAUGGUGACAACGGGUGGAGACAUUACUUUAGACCUACUAAUACUGUUAAUCUAAUAGUUGACAAAUAG